CCGCGCUGCUGCGAGUUGCCAUUACGACCCAGCAAUUACUAUUUUUUUCUCCUUCUUUUUAUCUCGCUUCCUCUUCGUCAUAGGCAAAUUUCUCUUAUUAGGACGCCCCCUUGCUAACAACCUCUUCUCGCAAUUUCAACUUUUGCAGCAAUCAAAUCUCUGCGAACUCGCUUUCGAGCUUCAUUCCGACCUAUAUCCAUCUACUCACAUCCAAAACUCGCAAAAAUGGGUGCUACCGAUGUCCUGAGCCGCAAGACCGGUGUCAUUGUCGGCGAUGACGUCCUGGCCCUGUUCAAGUAUGCCCGCGAGCACCAGUUCGCCAUUCCCGCCAUUAACGUCACCUCCUCUUCAACCGUCGUUGCUUCUCUCGAGGCCGCUCGCGAUGCCAAGUCCCCCAUCGUCCUGCAGAUGUCCCAGGGUGGUGCUGCUUACUUCGCCGGAAAGGGCGUGGACAACAAGGACCAGGCUGCUUCCAUCGCUGGUGCUAUUGCCGGUGCUAACUACAUCCGAUCCAUUGCUCCCGCCUACGGCGUCCCCGUCGUCCUUCACACCGACCACUGCGCCAAGAAGCUUCUCCCCUGGCUCGAUGGCAUGCUCACCGCAGAUGAGGCUUACUUCAAGGCCACCGGCGAGCCCCUCUUCUCUUCUCACAUGAUUGAUCUGUCCGAGGAGCCCGUUGACUGGAACAUUGAGACCACCGCCAAGUACCUGAAGCGCGCUGCCCCCAUGAAGCAGUGGCUCGAGAUGGAGAUUGGUAUCACCGGUGGUGAGGAGGACGGUGUCAACAACGAGGAUGUCGACAACAACUCUCUCUACACCCAGCCCGAGGACAUUCUCAACAUCUACAACACCCUCUCCCCCAUCUCCCCCUACUUCUCCAUCGCCGCCGGCUUCGGCAACGUCCACGGUGUCUACAAGCCUGGCAACGUCAAGCUGCACCCCGAGCUGCUCGGCAAGCACCAGGCCCACGUCAAGGAGGCCAUCAAGUCCACCGAGGACAAGCCCGUCUACUUCGUCUUCCACGGCGGCUCCGGCUCCUCCAAGCAGGAGUACCUCGACGCCAUCAGCCACGGUGUCGUCAAGGUCAAUAUGGACACUGACAUGCAGUUCGCCUACCUGUGCGGUAUCCGAGACUACAUGCUGAACAAGAAGGACUACGUCCUGACUGCCAUUGGCAACCCCGAUGGCGACGACAAGCCCAACAAGAAGUACUUUGACCCCCGUGUCUGGGUCCGCGAGGGUGAGAAGACCAUGUCCAAGCGUGUCGCCGAGGCUCUCAAGGACUUCAACACUGCCAACCAGCUGUAAAUGCUGUUUGCUCUCUGUGCUUUGAAGUUAAAAAAGAAAGAAAAGGAUAUCAAUUUGAAAAUAUAUUUUGGGUUACUACACUCGUUGCGGUGAACUCGACUCAUGCAAGGACUCAAAUGAUUGAUUCAAGUGCCCUAUAAGCUCUGCAUACUGCUUUCCUAUUGGUUUAUUCAUCAAGGACCGCCAUGAACCGUGUUUGCCACUAUUAGGUAGUCGACACAAAAGAAAAAGAAUAGUUCAAGUCAAUUGAAAAAAAAAAAAAAAAAGUAACAAUACAAUUUCGUAAUCUA